AUGAGUAAAAAGAUUACCCUUUUCGUAUUAUUGGCAUGCGUAGUUUGCAUAGCUACAUUGAUGUUUUCCUUCUCAGCCCAAGAUGGAGAAUUAAAAAUGAAGAAAAGUCAUUCUUUCUCUGCAUCAAAGAAUCAUGAAUGGAUGGAUGGAUAUUGGUCAUCAGAUACAGAUUGUUAAGCUAAAUGCAAAAGUGCUGGAGGAAUGAGUUGUGGUAACUACCAAUAAAAUUGCUGUGUCGGUGCUAAGUGCAGAGAAGAAGAAAAUUUCUUCUCUACAUCUUUGAUUUGUGAUCAAAGAAUUCCAGUACAAGGAUGUACAACUCCAAAAUGAUAUACACAUUAAAUUAUGAUAUUAAAAUUCCCUCAGUUCAAUGUUACUCAA